CCAUCUUUUGGUAUUAUUCUGUGUUUCCAUGUUGGCUUUUGCAGGAGCGAAUAGCAACACGUUCCUUCAGCAUCUCCAACGAAAUGUGGAUGAAUACAGAAAAUCGCAUUUCUCGUGGAACAUUCGAAACCUCGACCACAAUACCUACAAAUCACUGAGAACGAUAGAAAAGAACAAAGACAGGAUAUUCAGAGAAUUCAUUCAGAGUCAAAGCCAUGGUGUGAAACAUUUACCAGCCAGUGAACAUAUGAGCACUGAAAAAAGAACUGAAGCACACCUUCACAAUUUAUCUCACGGAGGAAGCAGAACAAUCCAAAGAACUAAGCAGAUACCUCGUCAUAAGUCGCAUGGUGAGACAAUAGAAACAAGACACGCGCGGCAUCUGCAUACUAUUAUGAACAAUGAGCUGUUACAGAAAAGAGAGGAGGAACAGACUCAAUUGAUGAUGGUUGACAUAAAAGGCCGGAAUGUCUCAGAGACACGGGACAAUGUGGUAUAUGCCGCUCCACAAAUUAUGAUGUAUGGCGAUAAAAUACUCCCUUUAAAAAUUCGGAAGAGAUCGGCAAACCAUCCACAAAUGAUGGUUUAUAACGAGCCACAAAUGAUGGUAUAUAACGAACCUCAAAUGAUGGUUUAUAACGAGCCACAAAUGAUGAUGUAUGGUGAUAAAAUACUCCCUUUAAAAAUUCGGAAGAGAUCGGUAAACCAUCCACAGAUGAUGGUUUAUAACGAGCCUCAAAUGAUGGUAUAUAACGAGCCUCAAAUGAUGGUAUAUAACGAGCCUCAAAUGAUGGUAUAUAACGAGCCUCAAAUGAUGGUAUAUAACGAGCCUCAAAUGAUGAUGUAUGGCGAUAAAAUACUCCCUUUAAAAAAUCGGAAGAGAUCGGCAAACCAUCCACAAAUGAUGGUUUAUAACGAGCCACAAAUGAUGGUAUAUAACGAACCUCAAAUGAUGGUAUAUAACGAGCCUCAAAUGAUGAUGUAUGGCGAUAAAAUACUCCCUUUAAAAAUUCGGAAGAGAUCGGUAAACCAUCCACAGAUGAUGGUUUAUAACGAACCUCAAAUGAUGGUAUAUAACGAGCCACAAAUGAUGGUAUAUAACGAGCCUCAAAUGAUGGUAUAUAACGAGCCUCAAAUGAUGGUUUAUAACGAGCCUCAAAUGAUGGUAUAUAACGAGCCUCAAAUGAUGGUAUAUAACGAACCUCAAAUGAUGGUAUAUAACGAGCCUCAAAUGAUGAUGUAUGGUGAUAAAAUACUACCUUUAAAAAUUCGGAAGAGAGCGGUAAACCAUCCACAGAUGAUGGUUUAUAACGAGCCUCAAAUGAUGGUAUAUAAAGAGCCUCAAAUGAUGGUAUAUAACGAGCCUCAAAUAAUGGUAUAUAACGAGCCUCAAAUGAUGAUGUAUGGUGAUAAAAUACUCCCUUUAAAAAUUCAGAAGAGAUUGGCAAACCAUCCACAGAUGAUGGUUUAUAACAAGCCUCAAAUGAUGGUAUAUAACGAGCCUCAAAUGAUGGUAUAUAACGAGCCUCAAAUGAUGAUGUAUGGUGAUAAAAUACUCCCUUUAAAAAUUCGGAAGAGAUCGGCAAACCAUCCACAGAUGAUGGUUUAUAACGAGCCUCAAAUGAUGGUAUAUAACGAGCCUCAAAUGAUGGUAUAUAACGAGCCUCAAAUGAUGGUUUAUAACGAGCCUCAAAUGAUGGUUUAUAACGAGCCUCAAAUGAUGGUUUAUAACGAACCACAAAUGAUGAUGUAUGGGAAUAAAAUGCUCCCUUUAAAAUUUCGGAAGAGAUCGGCAAAUCAUCCACAGAUGAUGGUUUAUAACGAGCCUCAAAUGAUGGUAUAUAACGAGCCUCAAAUGAUGGUAUAUAACGAGCCUCAAAUGAUGGUAUACAACGAACCUCAAAUUAUGGUAUAUAACGAACCUCAAAAUAUGGCAUAUAACGCACCACAAAUUAUGGUAUAUGACGAGCCACAAAGGAUGAUAUAUAACGAGCCACAAAAAAUGGUAUAUUACGAACCACAAAUGAUGAUGUAUGGUGAUAAAAAAAUCCCUUCAAAAAUUCGGAAGAGAUCGGCUAAUCGUCCACACAUGAUGGUAUUUACCACUCCUAAGUCAAUGCGUUACAAUGGCAAGUUUAGUUAUUUAUCAAUACGAUCUUUCGAAAAGCAACAGAAUAACAAUACAUUAAAUACAACUAAUAGUAUCAACACCAAAUUGGAAAAUUUCGAAUCGGACAAAUAUCUAUGGUUUUCAAUAGCAGACUCGUUGUCGCUUAGGUUCCCAGUUAAGGAAAGUGUGUAUUUUAACAGUUGGAGUCAGCGUAUUCUUCUUUUUAAGAACAGUACACUUAAUAAAGAUGACUUCACAAAACAUUUCCAUAGGUUACCAUUGCAAAAAAUGCUUCAAACAUUGUCUCUGACACACAUAUUUCAACACAUAUUCUGGCCAUUUAGUUUUGAUCAAGCAUUUAUGAAUCAAAAACUAGCCUUAUUGGGAAUGUCUGGGUUAUCCACAAAUAGACAUAAGCAGAAAGAGGCGUUUUACGCUGAACUUGAGAAACAUCAAACAAUCAAAGUACCGGUAGAAGAGGAAAACGUGAUUUUAAGUUUCGACCAUCCUGACUUGGUUGAAGGUCUCAAUCGCUCGGGGCUUUUGGAAUUGAGUAAAGAAUAUGUAGAUGCUGGAAAUCAUUUGUAUUCAUUAGAAGAGCAAGAGUAUAUAACGUCCAAAGUCCAGGCAGCCAUGGAUAUGAUAAAGAUUACAAAUUCAGAGCUGUAUCGCGCUAUCCAUCAAGUCAUCGGAUGCAUAGCUUUCUAUAAGGCAGAGCACCGCGGAUUCGCUGGAGGCACAAUCAGUUCAGCUCUUGGAGUAAUCUGGCAGGACCCUAGAGCCUACAGAGAGCAAUCUGUCGCCCACUAUGCUGAACAGAUAGUUCACGAGUUCAUCCAUUCGUCACUUUUCCUCGCUGAUAUGGUACACGGGACCUACAUCGACCGUAGUUUGCUUUCUCACGCUAAGGUCUACUCGCCUGUACGCAGGGAGUUAAGGGACUUCGACAAAACGUUCCAUGCCUCAUAUGUUACAACAGGUGUUACAAUAUUUCAAUCUAGAGCGGGCAAUUUUGAGAAGGCAAAGACGUAUGCGGGAUCGUUGCGAACCGCAGUUGACGGUUUGAUUGCAAUUCAGAAAGCGGUUGGAGUUCUUAAUGAGUCUGGGGCGGCCAUGUUACAAUCCAUGGACGACGUGUUGACUGUAAUUAGAAUGGAAUAAAUGAGGGCUUUUUAAUUUGUAUUGAUGUAUUAUACACUGAGUGAACGUAUGUUUUACUGUUUAAGUUACAAUUUAAGCGUAGGAAAACAAUCAGGAACAAAUAUAUAUUUAUUUUUUUUAAAUGGCAAUUAUCGAUGAUUACAUGUAUAACAGUAACUGUGUUUACUAAAUCACAUGAUGGUCGGAGUUAAUUAUCUUAUUGAUACAGUGUAAAAUCUGUUUACCUCUAUCAAGAUACAUGGACAUUAACUAUUUCCAAUACUUAAUACUGCAAAACGGUCAUACGGAGUACUUAAAUAAAGAUUAUAGAUAAAUAUGUAUAGGAGAUACUUCAGCAGCACUAACUGCAUAGUUACACAGUUUGCAAAUAACAGUCUUGGUCUUGUGUAACCUGUUCAUUUUCAGCAAUGUGAAGUGCAAUACUGUCAUUUACCCCUAUCUCCAAAUUUAGCAUCAUCAUAAUCAGACAAAAAAUAUCUUAUAGGAGUGCAUAUAACUUUUAGACUUUUUCAUAGAACUACAAAUCAAGCUUUCUGACUACAAUUUUAGCAGGUCACUGACCGUUUAAAGGCAAAAGAAUCAUUCGUUGGUAAAGUCAUUUGUAUGGAUGUGAGAUCUGUGUGAACGUUUCUUGUCUCUCGUUUAUCGUCUUUUCGGCCAUAGCCUGGUGCCUCUAAACAGUGUUUUAGCUUAUUUGUUUGACUACUGGGCUCAUCCCUGUGGCUGCCUUUGUAGAAACUUAAUUCUUACUGAAUACAUAUAUCUAGAAAUACUUCCUACUUUACGAAUACAUGUACUGCAUAGUUCUAUACUUAUUGAUGCAUUGUUCUUAAAUCCUUUAAAGCUCCACUCUUACAGAUUGAACGUUUUGACAACUUUUGUUAUGUCUUGGAACGAGUCAUUUUUUUUGCGAAAAUCCAUGGAUAUAAUCCAUUAUAUAAGACUGCUGACAAAAAAUUACAUCGCAGAUUUUUACAUUUUAGUUCAAAAAGUGGUUUUCCGCCAUAAAACAUUAAAAUUUUCAAACGGAAAUAUGAAAAUCUACAAUCUGUUUUUUUGUCAGCAAUCAUAAUUAUUUCAUUGUUUUGCAGAUAUUUACGCAAAAAUUUGCUUUUUCCAAGACAAAAAAUAACAAAAGUUGUAAAAAUGGUAUAUCUGUGAGAGUGCAGCUUUAAGAAACACGUAUCAAUGUACGAACAAUCUUUAAGUUUUCUCGGUUAUGCUAUACCAGUGUGUACUCUAUCCAAAUUCACUCGUACUUUUCAAGUUGUGAUUAGCUAUUUUUGUUUUUUAAUGAAUCCCAGUAUAUCUAGAUAAACAUUCAUUGUUUGGUGUUUGAUGUUUA